GUUUGCAAACUUUUUGAAGUGGGUCCUUUCUGCUCUUCUCUUCAGUCUUCCAGGUUCUAGCUCCGGGCCUCAGCUACACAGCAGAGUCGCAAUGUGAUUGGGUGGGUCGCUUGGGGCCAAGCACGCACUCGGGCGAAGGUGAGAGCAGCUGAAAAGUUGGAGCCCAAUCAGCGCGGAGUUGAGCGCUCAUGCCCCAACCUUCAGGUGACCCCGCGUGGCGGCGGCGGCAGCAGUAGGCAGAGGCAGCGGCGGCUGCUGCGACCAGAGCCCGCAGCGGUUCCGAGCGCCUCCGGUAGGACAAGCGGCGAGCUUGGAGAAUCGUCAUCCGCUAGCGGUCCGCCUGCUUCGGAAGCCGGGGCUGGCUUGGAAGAAGCGGGCGAGCCCGGACGCGGCUCCUUCGGCUCGGUGCCCAGCAACACUGUUGCAGGCUGGGCUCUGGGCAGCCCCCAGAGUGCGGGCCCGCGCCACCGCCUUUGAACGCUGGGGGUGUGCGUGGCAGCGGCCGCGGUGGCGGCAGCAGCGGCGGCAGUGACCGGAGCGGCGAGUCGGUGCCGCCCGGGCUGCGCUUCGCCCCGGCAGCUUUGGCGGCGAGGGCGCCCGUGGCUCAGGAUGAGAUCGGGGGGCACGCUGUUCGCCCUCGUAGGCAGCCUGAUGCUGCUGCUCCUCCUGCGUAUGCUCUGGUGCCCGGCCGACGCGCCCGCCCGCUCCAGGCUGUUGGUGGAGGGAAGCAGAGAGGAGACCAGUGGUACCUCAGCUGCACUGAAGACACUCUGGAGCCCGACAACCCCAGUACCACGCACCAGGAACAGCACAUAUCUGGAUGAGAAGACACCCCAAAUGACAGAGAAAUGCAAAGACCUGCAAUAUAGCUUGAACUCUUUAUCUAACAAAACGAGACGGUACUCUGAGGAUGACUACCUCCAGAUCAUCACAAACAUACAGAGAUGCCCAUGGAACCGACAAGCAGAAGAAUAUGACAAUUUUAGAGCCACACUGGCUUCCUGUUGCGAUGCCAUUCAAGACUUCGUGGUUUCCCAGAACAACACUCCAGUGGGGACUAACAUGAGCUACGAGGUGGAAAGCAAGAAACAAAUCCCCAUUCGAGAGAACAUUUUCCACAUGUUUCCAGUGUCGCAGCCUUUUGUGGACUAUCCCUAUAACCAGUGUGCAGUGGUUGGGAAUGGGGGAAUUCUAAACAAGUCUCUCUGCGGAGCAGAAAUUGACAGAUCUGACUUCGUCUUCAGGUGUAACCUCCCCCCAAUCACAGGGAGCGCUAGUAAAGAUGUUGGAAGCAAAACAAAUCUUGUGACUGUUAAUCCCAGCAUUAUAACACUGAAGUACCAGAAUUUGAAGGAGAGGAAAGCCCAGUUUCUGGAGGACAUCUCCACCUAUGGAGAUGCAUUCCUCCUCCUGCCAGCAUUUUCCUAUCGGGCCAACACAGGCAUCUCUUUUAAAGUCUACCAAACCCUCAAAGAGUCGAAGAUGAGGCAAAAGGCUCUCUUCUUCCACCCCAGGUACCUGAGGCGCCUCGCCCUUUUCUGGAGAACUAAAGGGGUAACUGCAUACCGCUUGUCCACAGGCUUGAUGAUUGCAAGUGUCGCCGUGGAACUGUGUGAAAACGUGAAGCUCUACGGAUUCUGGCCUUUCUCCAAGACUGUUGAAGACACCCCACUCAGUCACCACUACUAUGACAACAAAUUACCUAAGCAUGGUUUCCACCAGAUGCCUAAAGAAUACAGCCAAAUGCUCCAGCUCCAUAUGAGAGGAAUCCUCAAACUGCAAUUCAGCAAAUGUGAAACAGCUUAAUGUUUCUUAGAAGGAGAAUAAUUUCAGUAGGUGGAGUGGACGUGUCACAGCAUCUCCAAAUGCGAAUAGAAGGCACAGAGAAAGCACGAACUACAAAGGCACUCCCCCACUUGUCCAGACCAAAGCCCCCUACUCACUCUGCAGCCUCCCUGAGUCACUUUCACCUUCAACGUUCUUUCUCUGAGAAUCGAGAUUACAACAUCAGACUCAGACAAGUAAAAUGAGAUAAUUUUUCAAAUCUUCAUAGAAUUUGAUUUGAGGCAAGGUCUCUCAGAAUGCUUCCUUGUUCCUAUCCAUGAUAGCCAUUCCCACCCUUAUCAGAGUGGUAAUGAAACUGUGCAAUUGUGCCAAAGACCCUUUCUGAAGAGAAUGUCUGAAUUAUGAGCCAAGUUCUUACACACAGCUCUUCCUUUAUAAAUAAAUCCUUCCCAUUCUCCCUCCUAGUAGAAUACAGAAACAAAAUACCCUUGAUGAUUCAGGAAGGAAAGGUUUUUACUUAGCGAUGUGCCUGCUUCUGAUUCAGUUCACUUGUGACGUUAGCUGGGUUGCGGUAUUGGUUGGAUUUGGGGCGUUUCUUCACUUCUUUUGUCUAUAUUUUCCUUACCUUUAUCAGUUUGUAUUCUAGAUUCCGGCUUUGGGAUUCUGCAAUUCUCUCUCCCACUGACAGUAUCAACUCAGUGACAUAAAGUAGUUCAAAUAUCCACUGCUUCUCACAUGUUAUCUUAUCCAUAAAGUUAACUCAUCUGAUUUUUUUUAAAAUAGUGAACAUCUAUUUGAUAUCAGACCCGAGGACCAUCCUCCACUGGAGGACAUGAAGAUAUUGUCACUGGCAGAAAAGCAGGUGUGUGCCAUUAAUUGAUAAGAUACCACAAGCAUCAUCAUGACAGUUAUGAACACAGUGCUGAAAGGAUCAUGGACAGAGGUGGUUAAAUCUGAUCCCAGUAGAAUCAACUUCAAUGUACCUGUUUCAGGGACGAGUUAAUUUCACAAUUAAAGCUAGAAAAUGAAUCAAUUCUUAGCAAAUUAAGUGGAUUCUGAGUAAAAAAAAACAGAACAGGAGGCGAAAGCUGCUCCCUUGGUUCUGAUUAUCCAAAUGAGUAUGCUGGAAGGAGAUUGUGAGGUUCUCCUAAAAACUCUGUGUAGGGAGAGAGAGCAGUGCAGGAGCGUGGCAGCUUUUGCCCACAUUAGUGAAGUGUGAGUACUUCAGAGCCAAUCACUUCACAAGUAAGGCUUAGGGUGGAAACACCUAGCUCAUUACUCCAGGGAGAGAUGAGUGCUUUCAUGAGAAAUUACACUCAUAAGCUAAGCACCAGUUUUGAGUAAAUUUUGAGUAGAUGUUAAAUAUGAAUAUUUUACACCUCUUAUUAAUGUCCCACUGACACCUCUUAAUGUAAGCACAUUUAUUUAUUAAGUUAUUUGACGUUACCUAUUUAUGUGUGUAUAUUCUGUUCAUCUAUCGAUGGUCCCAAAAAAGUAAGAAUAUGAGGCCCACAUGCCAAGAAAACUAUAAAUUUUACUCUUUAAUUCUUAAGCCAGCUUGUUGUUUAUCAAGUGCUUUUUUGAAGAGACAGCACCCUGUGAAUUCUUCAUUCUGAUAUAAUGUCACCUUGUAUUUGACAUUUGUAAUGUUGUUUCAAGUUUACAUCUCUUUCAUUCUUUUAUAGUAAAUCAAACUUAUUAGCUUUAGAAAUUUAUCAGAAGUUCAUAUAUAAAUAUUUUGCAAAGGGUAAAAGGCUUUUUUGUUGAAUAAAAUAACAUUUAUUUAUCAUCUUCUUCUGAUGAAUAGAGGCUCUUUUAUGCUGCUGCUAAUGGACUUAAUUAGCUUUAAAUAAUCUCCUAGCAACAUUGGUCACGUUUCAAUCAUGCUAUUAGCAAAAAAAAAAAAUCUUUUUAAAAGUACACCAGAAUACUAUUAUUUUUAUAGUUAACAAAAAUGUUUCUCAAAAUAUUUUGUGCUAAGUAGAAACUAAGUCUUUUUGACAGUGUUGGCAAAAUAUGACUGAAAAAUGAAGGUAGGAAACUGCAGUGACAUAAAUUAUUAAAUAGUCAGUGUGGAGAUGUUACAAAUUAUUCUAGCAAAUAUUAUGUCUUGUCAGGGAGCUUCGAGCUUACUUAGUGUUUUCCUAUAUAAGAUGCUAUUAUUUUAACUCCGGAGACUUUUUCUCUAGGAUAUCAAGACAGACAGACAGACAACUCCAGUGUCACACACAUGGGUUUCAGAAAUUCUCAAAAUAAUGUGAGGUUAAUAUCACGAUGACAACCCUGUUUCAACAUAAAUCAGUAGAAAAAGGAAUUCUUGGAAUUUCUAGAAAAGCACAGACUUCUCCACAUAUGCAUAUCAUCAACUUACUUCUUGUUUCAUGUUUGUACUGCCAAACCUGAGCACAUCUGAAAUUUUACAACUCUACCUGGAUUAACAUAGACAGUAGUCAAAAGACGCCUUGAGAUUUCCUGUGUGCUGUGGUCAGAUCUCAUGUUGCUUAGUCUGUAGAGCUACAAGUGGAAUUUGGAGAUGAUGGGGAUGGGGAUGGUGAUGGUGAUGAUGAUGAUGAUGAUGAUGAUGAUGAUGAUGAUGAUGAUUUGGUCCUUUGAUUUUAGUGUGACACUUCCAGCAAAUCACUGCCAUGGCACAAAAAGUACUGUGACUGAUAGUUCACAGUUCCCAAAGCUGACAUGCUGUUUGUAAAAACUAUUGCUUGGUGCUGUGAACUGGAUGUGUUGUAUGCCAUCUACAUGUCUCCAAAGUGUUCCUCCUUUGAUUUUCCUUCACAGAUGGGUCUGUAGUUGUGACUUUAUCAUAAUUUGAGGCUUCUGGCUGUUACUCAAACUCUCUUUAAAGGAGUCCACAUCUAACAGAAGUGGGUGGCUCAUUCACAUCAGGAUACUUUCUACCUGAGCAAGCAUGACUUUCCCUUUGUCCCCCCAGAGAUUUGCCAUAAUGUCCUUUCCCACCCCCGCUGCCAAAAAGAAAACCCAACAUGACUAAACAUGUUCUAAAAUGUGCUAGCAUAUGAAUUAGGAUAAUUCAGUAUAUCAGUAUAUUUAGCUACAUAAAUUGUAAAAUGAAACUCAGUUCUUUUUGUUUCUUAAUGGUGGAUAAUAAUAUCUCAACCUUCCAUCAAGAUCCAAACACAAAAAUAACCAUCAACUCCUUGUAGACUUGUAGAUUAACCACAUGGAAUCUGAAAGCUCUGUCAAAGACUCUCUGUGUGGCAAGCAUUGUGUAACUGCUGGUAGAUGGGUUGAAUCUUAUGUUCUGCUAUUAAAUUCCAGUUCAUCGAUAGCCAUUAAAGAGAGGUAGUCUGAACACUGGUGCUAUGUAGUGGUGGACUUUCAGUUAUGAGUUUUAGGAUGCCACAUGCUUCUAGACUCUAAGAGACAUGCCAGCUUGCCUGAUUUCAUUUUCUGUUUUUUGUUUAUGUAACAGAUCAAUAAAAUUCAAAAAUAAUUUCUUUCCAAAUCCGAAGGAAAAUACACAUCCAAGUUCAUCAUCCACAGUGCCGCAUGCAAAAGAGGACUCUAGACAAAGGCAGAGCUGGUUUUCUAACUCCCAGCCAAAAGAAGAGGCAGAACAUGAGUUUCAUGACAGAUUUUACUGUACAUGUACAUUUAAACCUAGAGAAUGUGUGGAUUUUCAACAGAUAGCCAAGACCAUUGUUCCCUGAGAACUUUCUUUGUAUGGAAUACUGAAUUGGGCCAUAAAUCAGACCCAUAUUUGCUUGACCUUUUUUACUUGCUUCCAAAAAAAUCUUGCUAAGAAAUGAUGUAUCUUGUCAUAUAUUCUUAAUCAUUCCAGGAAAUUCAGAAAACUUUGGGAAAAUUGAGAAAAAUGCAUAUAACAGGUAUGCUAUGAUCUUAUGACUAUUGCAGAAGUAUAGUUUUGAUGUGACAUAUUCAAUAUUUUAUUUAUGUAGUAUUAUAUAAAAACAUUAUUUUGCUAUUAAACAUUGAAGACAUUGUGAGAAUCUGUUAUAUUUCAUAGACCUAGGAUGAGUCCUUCUCUAUACUUAAUCCCCAAAUCCAGGUGUGUUCAGUAUUUCCUGUUUGUGUGUGGUUCUGAAGGCUGGAUAAAGAACCUCUUGACCUUUUAUUACUCUGUGUCAUUACUCUUCUAGGGUAAUUUUUGGCUUUAUAAAAAUACUCCAGUGGCAUAUGAUAAAGAUGUCACUGCUUGUGUAGUGGAAACAGUCAAACUCUUUAACAGAGAAUGUUGGAACCCAAAUAAUUAAAUGGGAAGAAAUAUGUGCCUGCACAGCACCAUGUCAGAUGAGAAGCAGACUCUAGAUAGAUUCAAGGAUAACAAAGUCACAGCAUAAACUCCAAAGGUGGAAAAUACAUUGUUACAGGUUGUACUUCUGCACAUAACAACAGUAAUUAUUUUAAGUAACUAAGCUGAGAAAUGGAAGGUGUGACAUAUUAAAAUGAAGUAUUUCUUCUCACUAAAUGUCAUCUCAAUACUCAUAGGCUCAUGACAGACAUUUCAAGGGACUUCCCAUCAAAAAGUAAAAUUUUUAAAAUGAGCAAAUAUCAAUACAGAUGUUGUUUACAAAGGAAAAUCCUGGGUAGCUAAUAACAACAAGAAUUGCUCAAAUUUAUUAGUAAACUGAGAAGUGAAAAUUGGAGUAAAUGCUACAUCCAUUGCAUUGGUAAAAGUUUGUAAUAUGAUUAAUUCCCAGCAUUAGGAACUCAACACUUUGGAAAGCAGUUUGGAAGUGCUGAGUGAAAUUUGUCUCACAGUUCUCCUUCGGCCCAGUCAUCUUACUUCAGGAUUUACGAUCCAGAGAACUUCCAGGAGACAAAUAUUGAGGCAGACGAUUAGACAAGGAACUUUCCACCUCUGGAAGUUAAUGAGUUAAGUUUGCCAGAUACAUAGUGUAGAAACUAACACAGCAGUUAGAAGCAACUUGCUAUAGAGAGAUAGAAUAUUAAUGAUAAGUCUUAACAUUUUCGCAUAAAGGAGAAAUAAGCUAAAACAGUGCCAUUCUGUUACCUUAACGUAUAUACAUUCCUGCAUACAUAUCACAAUCAUACAUCAAAUACAAGAAGAGUAUCCACUUAGAAGAGGGGAAUGGGAUGGGCUUAGUGAUAAAACAUACAUCAGUACCUUUAUUGCAGCCAAGGACACAUACAUUCUUAUCUCCCAUAAAGUAUUUUACUAACAUUGAACUGGAAUCUGAGACACAAAACUGUAAUUUAUGUAAGGUUGCAUUAUAGGAGCAGAGGUUGCAUCCAAACUCUCACGUCUGACGAUAAAGCCAUUUCCCCCAGUAUGCAAACGCAAAGGGAGAAGAAAAACGAAGCUCAUUCUCUACAACUCACAUACGACCGGCCAAGUGUAUUCCAAGUGUACAUCUGGCAAAGUCUGACCUGUGCAUGAUCAUGAAGCCAUCUCCACUGUCAACAUGUGUCUCCAUUUCUCCCAAAAUGUUUCCCCGUACUAAUCUGUAAUUACUUAAUUCUUACUGUUUGAUGUUUUUACUUCUUCAGAACUCCCAAUCUGCUUUUUCUAUAGACUAGCUUACAGUUUUACAAUAUAGACUGUUUACAUUUUUUUAGAAUUUUAUAUAAAUGAAAUCACGUUUGCGUAUGUUCAUGUGCUGUCUUGCUCUUUUUCUCAAAAUGACACUAUUAAGAUCAAUUUGUGUUUCUGUCUCAAUAAUCAUUUUUAAAUUUUAUCUGGCUAUAAUGUAAGUGUACCAAAGUCUGUUUACACACUCAUCUGUUUAUACACAACUUUGUCAUCUAUAGUUGUGAUGCUACUAAUAAAGUUGUCACCAACA